GCUUGAGGGCGCUGUUGAAGCUCGACCCGUCUAGACGGUGGUGGGCGCGGAUUAUCAUCAGUGAGUGAAACUCUAGACGAGACUCCGCUUGCGGUGGAUUUUUAUCGCUUCAUCCUCUGCGGCGAGUCUGUAGCCGAAAGAUCGACAAAGUCACAACCCAAACAAUACCGCAGACGUGCUCAUUUGCCCCACUACAAAAAGCUUUGGAUAUGACAAUUACUAAAACUGAAGUCUUUUCGGAUGCUGGCCUGGAAAAGUAAAAGCUCUCCGACAGACGAGUCGCGGCACAUGCUCACAAUGGCCACAUUGCCGUGUCUCAUCUUCUCUUUGCUUGGCCUGGCUGUCAUGGGAGCAGUGAAGAACUGCCAUCCGCAGUGUCGUUGUGAGGUGGAGAGCUUUGGUCUCUUCGACAGUUUCAGCCUGACCAAAGUGGACUGCAGCAGGAUCGGCCCCGGGAACGCUCCUGUCCCCAUCCCUCUGGACACCUCCCAUCUCGAUCUCUCUUUAAACUCCAUCACCUCCAUCAGCGAUUCAAUGCUCUCCGGACCGGGCUACACCACCUUGGUCAGUCUGGACCUGAGCAGCAAUCUCAUAGCACAUGUCAGUCCCAAAGCGUUCUCUAAACUUCGUUACCUGGAGACGUUGGACUUGAGCAACAACGCACUUGAAGGUCUUGGUGAUGGCUGCUUCACUGGACUCCCUCUUGUUGAGAUGGACCUGAGUGAAAACCGAUUCAAAGAGUUCAGCCUUGAUCUUUUCACCACCAGGGCACAGGAUAUACCAAUCAUGGUGGACCUGUCGCGAAACCUUCUGACCUCCAUUACCAGGAAGACGCCUGGCCAUCCGCUGUACAUCAAGAGUCUUAUGCUUGCAGGGAACAGAUUGAAGACGGUACCAGCGCUUAACGGAAUCCCACUUCAGUAUCUCAACCUGGACGGGAAUCUCAUCUCCAGCAUUGACGCAGGGGCCUUUGAUUCAAUGACCGAACUGGUUCACCUGUCUCUCAGCGGCCUGUCUGACCUGACCCUGAUUCAACCAGGUGCUUUCAGGGGUUUGAGGAACCUUCAGGUCUUAGACUUAUCAAACAAGCCGCUCAAGACGUUGAGCCCAGAUGUGUUUAGCGGACUCGUCUCUUUACAAGAACUCAAUUUGUCCAAUACUGCUGUCACACCAUUAUCAAGGGCCGUCUUUACCCAGAUGCCAAGCAUAAAGAGUAUAACUCUAGGGCAAAAUGUGCAUUGCUGGAAGACACACAAGCAAGGACAGUUUCACAGACAGAUUGGACAGGCUAAACCCAAUGAUAUACUUACCUGUGACAAUGCAGGAAUGAUCUUAUGAGCCUGAAGUGCCAGUAAAGACUCAUUUUCUCAUCUCUGUGCCUUAUUAGUAUCUCAUGAGAACUUUUAAUUUUUUUCUGCAUCGUAUUUGCACAUACUAUGUCAACUAAGGUCCGCUAUUUUACAGGUGUUCAUCAUAUUUUAACACAGACAGUAUAUUACGAUAACCCAUGCACUUUAUUUAACACAUUUCUGUUCUUCAACUUAAUGUCACAUGAGAUUUGAAGUGUGAUGUCAGCUUUAAUGUGAUGUUCGUUUUUUUGUUUUUUUUUCGUUUUUUAACACGAACAGUCUUAAAGUUUUAUAAGUGGUCUAUUCAAACACUUUGUUGAAACACAACAGUGUAGCAGGUCAAUUUAGAAGUCAUGGUGCCUUUAGAUGCCCCUUAAAUGAUAAACUUUAAAUGACCAACUAACGCAUACUAAAAUUCCCAGAAGGUGUAUUAGAAGGAUUUACAGUGGACCUUAAACAUUGAGGGCAAUCAAAUUUGGUUCAUUUAGAUGUUUUUACUUGUUUUAAAGUGGGGCAAUUUUUUUUUUUCGAUAGAAGCACAAAGUAUAAAUAUACAACAUGUGGAAUUUAAUCAUUUAAAUUUUGCAUUUUAAUGUAAUUUAUUAGUUUAGCAGUGAAUUGUUUUCCUAAUACUGAACCUAAACUAUGAUUUACAAACUACAAAAUAAAAUAUUUUCUACACAUCACUCAGACUGACGCUUGAGGGAAAUGUAAUGUUUAUAAUUCCUAAGUUGCCAUUUCACAGAUGUUUACUUGAUGUUGCUCUGAAAUUUUGCACUUUUGAUGUUCUUAUAAGAUUUGUAUGGAUUUAAAAAAAAAUGCAUGAUGGUUCUUCAUCAUGUGAGUUGAGGUAUGUUUUACGUUUGUACGAAACUAUACUCAAAAUAAAAUAUAAUCAACUUUA